AUGGGGAUGGAUGCUACGGGCCGGGACUCUGUCACGCCGUUGCAGAAAUACACGGUGGCUAUCCGACAACUAGCCACCAGUGUUUGUACGGAUACUUUUGACAAGUAUCAGAAAAUUUCUAACACGACGGGGCAGCUAUGUCUGAAGAAGUUUUGCAAAGCUAUCAUUCAGGCAUACAGUGUCGAGUAUCUUCGGCGUCCAAUACCGGUGAACGUCCAACAACUGCUUCAGAUGCAUGAGACGCGGCAUGGAUUUCCUGGGAUGCUCGGGAGUCUUGACUAUAUGCAUUGGGCAUGGAAGAAUUGUCCAAAGAGCUCGGUGUUGGCGAUCAAUCCGAAAGAGGCGAGGUUCAAGAAGAUGCAAGAAUCGGCACAAAAGAAUGUCGAACGUGCCUUUGGAGUGCUUAAAGCUCGAUAG